AUGGAUUCCAAAAUAUCAAUCCUCAUCCUUGGCCUAUUGGCCAUGGUUCUUCUUAUUUCCUCAGAGGUGUCAGCUAGAGACCUAACUGAGACGUCCACUAAUGCGAAAGAUGGUGAGCUAGAGGUUGUUGAAAAGUCAAAUGAAGUAAAUGAUGCCAAAUAUGGUGGUGGAGGUUACCAUAAUGGUGGAGGUGGUUACAACAACGGUGGCGGCUACCAUAAUGGUGGGGGUGGUUAUAACAACGGUGGUUAUAACAACGGUGGUGGUUACCAUAAUGGUGGUGGUGGUUACAAUGGUGGAGGCGGUUACCAUAAUGGUGGAGGGGGUUACAACGGUGGUGGUGGCUACCAUGGUGGACAUGGUGGUGGUUACAACCAUGGUAACUGA